AUGCUUUUAUGGGGCCGAGUCCAGAGUUCCCUUGCCUCCCGUAGAAGCGGUGGCAGCGGCACCCUUCUGUUGGCGCAACUUCUCUUCAAACUUGGCGAAUUCGUGCAUCGAGAUCUCCUCCUCCUCAUCCAUCACUUGCUCAACUCCCUGCACUUCCUCGAUCUGUCCAGACAUACACCAUUAGCCACCUACCCCAACAAGCAACCCCGAGGGGAAAAUAAAAGACGGGAAACUUACGUAGUGCAUAAGCAUAGACUCAAUGCCGUUCUUCAGAGUGACAGUGCUCGAGUCGCAGGUCCGGCAAGCGCCGCGCAACUUCAGCAUCACAAUACCGUUCUCGAAGCCCCGAAGCUCAAUGUCGCCUCCAUCUUCCUGGAUUGCCGGCCGGAUUCUUGUCUCCAAGAGCUCCUUGAUCAUGCUGACAACUUCGUCAUCUUCUUCAUUGUAGCUGAGCGAUUCCUCCUCGCCGCCCUCCUGCGCGUUCUCUCCGGAUUUAGCGACCGUGUUGACGAUCGGCUCGCCGGAGGUUACAGCCUGCGUAAUCAAGCUGAAGAUUUCGGGUUUGAUAUGGGCCCAGUUUGCAUCGCUUGCCUUGGUCACAGUGAUGAACUCAGGUCCGAAGAAGAUGGAGGUGACACCGUCAACAUUGAACAGGUUCGCAGCCAAGGGGGAAGGGUGAGGAGGAGCGAGAGUAGAGCGAGGGGACAAGUACUCGAGGAAUGA